AUGACGCUACUUCUGAGCAUCAAAAAACGCUUCGACAAGUCCCACAAACCGUCCGAAGCCAUCAGCAACAAGCCCCUCAGAACUCCUGCCACGGCAAACUUGAAUAUUCCAAAAGAACCUUUACUGCCGGUACUCCAGUCACACAACACCUUUUCCGAGCCCGUUCCGAUCAUGCCCGACACAUCCUCAAAUACUGAUGACUCCAUGUUCAACUUGUCCAACUACCCGGACUUGCCGAAAAAAUACCAGUUGCGCCAGCUUUUAGGCGAAGGAGCCUUCUCUUCAGUCUACAAGGGCUACAAGGUCGAUCUGAAUGAGCAGGUUGCCAUCAAGGUGAUCAAUAAGACAAACCUCAGCCAGAAGCAGUUGAACAAUAUUCAAAACGAGAUAAAUAUAAUGAAUAAGCUCACCAAUGCUGGAGGGCACGUCAAUAUACUAAGGUUGAUUGAAUCCUUUGAGCUGGAAGAAAACUGUUUCCUCGUGUUGGAGUAUUCCGAUGGUGGUGAGAUCUUCAAUAAGAUCAUCGAGUACACGUACUUCUCCGAAAAUUUAGCCAAGCAUGUGUUUUCCCAGCUUCUCAAUGCUAUCAGAUUCUUGCAUCAGAACAACGUGGUUCACAGAGAUAUCAAGCCCGAAAACCUUCUUUUCAAUCGCAUUCCUUUUGUUGCCCGCUCCGAGUUGGAGGCCAAGAAGGCUCUUCGUGCUUCGGACGACGAUUCCAAGAAAGACGAAGGUGUUUUCAAGCCCGGUGUAGGCGGGGGCGGUAUCGGCACUAUCAAGUUAGCGGACUUCGGUUUGGCCAAGCAAUUGAGAUACGAGGCUGCCGCCACGGGUAAGAAGCAGAGUAACUUGAAGACUCCUUGCGGCACCGCUGGCUACACGGCACCUGAGGUGAUACACUGUGGCGUAGAGAGGAAAAGAAGAUUCAAGAGCUCAACUUCAAAGAGCAACUUUUAUUCAAAAGCCGUGGACAUCUGGUCUCUUGGCUGCUUCCUCUACACUGUGCUUUGCGGCUUCCCUCCCUUUUACGAUGAUAAUCACGAUGUGCUCACUCAUAAAAUCAUCACUGCUGACUAUGUGUUUUUAGAACCUUGGUGGGAUGAAGUCAGCGACAGCGCAAAGGACUUGAUCUCAAAAAUGCUUGUGGUUGAUCCAGAAGCUCGUAUCACACUUGAUGAGAUAUACGAACAUCCAUGGCUCGCUGACGUUGUCUCUCUCGAGGCCUCUAGCUAUUUCCCUGAAUCUAGUGCUGCAGAGAGCAACGAUGAAACACUCAAAGUUGACAAUAAGAACUCAGACACUGCUUCAAACGGUGGGCACAAAUCCCCUGGUGGUAUUCAAACCCCUGGCGCUGCCAUCAAGUCUGUUUUUAAUAACCCAGCUAUGUCGCACGUCAAUCUCAAAGUGUUGGCACAGCAUCAGCGUCAGCUCGAUCCUAAAGAAAGCGUUGACCCUAGAGACGUGAGAUUCGAUGCGGAGUCAGGCAAGGAAUCACACAGAAAAUCCAGCUUGCCAAAGACUCCCAAUCCAAUGGGCAACGUGAAUUUUAAAUUCGUGUUCGACAAAGAUGAAGACUCAGACUCGGACAACUUAUCUUCAGAUGCAGUUGACUUUGACUCUGUAGUAGAGGAAGAUGAUUUCGAGGACGAGGAAGAAGACGAAGAAGAAGACGAAGAGGAGGACGAAGUUGAAGAAGGAAAUGAAGACGUCGGAGAGUUGAAGGAUAAGGUAUCCUCUUUGAAGCUCCUCUCUAUUCUGUCUACAUCAUCUGCAGACUCAUCGAAGCUUCUGCACAACGAUGACGACGCAGCUACGCGAUCGUCAUCCGUCAUCAGCGGCGUGAAUGGUGACUACAAGUUCACGUUGAACCUUAACGAUCUGAACUUGCUUAGAAGACGGUCCUCGGUGAAAAGUGGACAAGCUUAA